AUGACUGAGGAAGAUAAAGAGGAAUAUGCUGUGGCCAAGCAGCAUGUUUCUCGGACUAUAGAGCAGAUGAUCCUGCUUAUGCUCAAGAACACCAUGGGUAGGGAACAUGGUGCCUUCUCCGGAUGUAGCGGCCGGUUUAAAGUCCUCAUAGGUGACGAAGCGUCCCAGAUCCCAGAGCCAGUGCUGGCGACGUUCGCGAAUCUUUGUAAACAGUACGGAGGCGGAAUGCGGGCAGCCGACGAACUAGGUGUGGAACUAUCCACAGUCGACUCCGUCCAAGGAAAAGAAAAAGAGGUGUUCCGUAGCGAUAUCUCGGUGUCGCCAAAGCCAGUUCAUCUUCGGACACGGGCGGAGCAGUCUCGUGGCUGGGCUCAUAAGAGCCCAUGCCUGGAGCAAACGGGGAGCACCCUAGCCACUGGUUACCUGCACACCGAGGACCGAUCAAGGACGCAUGGGACAACGACACCAAGGACCGCAUCGCUAGCCUGA